CCACCGGAAGACUUAAGGCGACGACAACAAGGAGACAUCCGUUUCCUGUUUAUGAACUGUUUUUAACGCGAGUGACAAUACGACUGAUAAUCAGCGAUUGAUUCGAUUUAAAAGGAAGCCAUGACCCGCCACGGAAAGAACUGCACGGCCGGGGCCGUUUACACAUACCAUGAGAAAAGGAAAGACACAGCUGCUUCCGGCUAUGGGACACAGAGUAUCCGCCUGGGCAAAGAUGCGAUCAAAGACUUUGACUGCUGCUGCCUCUCUCUCCAAGUGUGUCGAGAGCCGGUUGUAACGCAAGAUGGCUACCUGUAUGAGAAGCAGGCCAUCCUCGAAUACAUACUUCACCAGAAGACCGAUGCUGCCAAGAGAAUGAAGGCCUACGAGAAGCAGAAGAAGGCCCAGAAGAGCGACAGCAACCUGGAGUCCAAGUCUGGGGAGCGGGCUCAGGUGGAGAGGUUCAAGACCCGCGAGAGCAGCAUCGUGUCCAAACCCAUCAACCCCUUCACCUCCGGCCUGGGGAAGGAGGCGCCCCCGUCGGUCAAGGACGACAAGGAAGGGGGGGCCAGCAGCAGCAGCAGCGUGGCCGGGCCCUCCACCAAGGGGGACCCCGACAAGCACCUGCCCAGCUUCUGGAUCCCCUCCCUGACCCCCGUGGCCAAGCCCACCCUGCUGAAGAAACCGAGUAAGACUGUGCUGUGUCCCAUGUCGGGACGUCCCAUCAGGAUGAACGAGCUGAUCCCGGUUCACUUCACCGCUCUGGACCCCAGCCUGGACAGACUGGCCCUGAUCGCACGCCAGGAACGAUAUGUGUGUGCAGUGACCCGGGACACGUUGGGGAACAGCCUUCCCUGUUCAGUCCUCCGACCGUCGGGCUCGGUGGUGACCCAGGAGUGUGUGGAGAUGCUGAUCAGGAAGGACAUGCUGGACCCCGUCACCGGAGACAAGCUGCAGGAGAGGGACAUCAUCCGGCUGCAGAGGGGAGGGACGGGGUUCGCGGGGUCUGGAGUGACUCUGAAGGCCAAGGAGGCCCGGCCCGUGAUGCAAGUCUGAGCGCUCCAUGGUGGAGGAGGGGUGGGUGGAGGAGGACUGCCGGGAUGGCGAUGACAGCCUUACGGAGGCGUUCAUGUACAUACUGACCGACUGGGGUCAGAACGUGGCGAUGGGACUUUGUAUGUUUGAGAGCUGGUUUAUGAGCUUUUUGGUAUUUUUGGGCUUGCUUAUAGUCAAUGUAGUUUUGUUUUUAUUUGUGUAAUAAAUACAACUUUCCACACAAUAUCUUUGGUUUUCUACGAUAAAUAAUUAAACAUUUGGCUGAAGAAAUUGAUCAUAUAAUAUAUAAUAAUUAUAUAAUAUAUAUAUAAUAAUUCAGCCUUUCAGUCAUUACAUUAAAUAUUUCCAUAGGCAAACAAAAAUAGUCUGAACCUUGUUUGGAUGUUUUUCUACCAAUAUAUCAUGUAGGACACGUACGGGCAAAACUGUAAAACGCCAUAUUUAUAAAAUUGUGCUGAAAUGUUAAAGAUGUGUUUUAAUUUCAACAAAAUUAGAAAUUUUGUUAGAAUCUAAUAACACUCAUUAAAACAUUUUGCCUAAUGAUACAAAGCCCACAAAUGGGCCAGCAGACGAUUUGUUUAUUAUUCCAUCCGUGACGAGAAUGAUUUCUAUUACUCUAAUAAGCUAUGGUGAGGUCACUUUUAUCUAGACCAAUCAUGUGAUGGAGUGACUGCACAGCAAAUUGUGCGCAUCAACCAAAAGAACCAUUGAACUGGCCCGCAUUACUUGUACUUUUUUAUUUUUUUCACGUUGUACAAAUAAAGGCCCACGUUAAAUCUA